AUGGGAGUUAAAAUUUGGGUUUUUCUCUUAAUAUUGAUUGAUACAGGCAAACUCUUUGCAGAAGAUGAAGAUAAACCUUGUGAUUUGCCACACAUAGAAAAUGGCAAGAUUGGCCAGUAUUAUUAUAAUUUUAAGAGUUUCUAUUUUCCAAUGAGUAAAAACAAAAAAAUGUCCUAUGCCUGUUUGGCUGGCUAUACAACUGGUUCGGGGAGUCAAGAUGCGAAGAUAACCUGUACAGCAGAAGGAUGGUCUCCAGCACCAAAAUGUUACAAAAAAUGUAACAAACCUCCCUUGGAAAAUGGCUUUUUCUCUGGUACAAAAGAAUCUUUCAAAAUAGGAGAGAAAUUGCAAUACAGAUGUGCUUCAGGCUACCACUCCCCAAGUGGUAACACUGAAGAAACAAUACAGUGUCGUACAGAAGGAUGGUCUUCCCAACCAGCCUGUGCUAAAAUGUCUGACAGCUGCUUAGCACCAGAUUUACAGUAUGGUCGUUACAUCACAACCCAACGAUUGCUCAAGUUGAAUGAAGCCCUGAUAUAUGAAUGUGAUGAUGGGUAUCGGACCACAGGAGGGAACAUGACUGAAGAGGUGACAUGUCAUCCACAUGGAUGGUCUCUUACUCCAAACUGCACUAAGUUAACUUGCUCUUUAAGUGUGAUGGAACAUGGACGUUUCUAUCCUGUGAAGAAAACCUAUGAAGAAGGAGAUGUGGUUCAAUUUUUCUGUCAGGAAAGCUAUUCAUUCAGUGGAUCUGAUUUAAUUCAGUGUUAUUCUUUCGGAUGGUAUCCAGAGCCUCCAUUAUGUGAAGACAGAAGAACUAAAUGUCCUCCUCCACCUAAACCUCCUCAUGCCAUUGUACUCUCAGAUUUAAGAACAUAUCAUAAUGGAGACAGAGUUCGUUUGAAGUGUCAGCUUAACUUUAAAAUGAAUGGAUCAGAAGAAAUCCAGUGUCAGAAUGGAAAAUGGUUGUUACCCCCUGUUUGCAUUGGAAUCCAAGAAGUAGCAGCAUGUGAACAGCCGCCUUCUAUUGAGAAGGGUACAGCCAUAACUGAGAACAAGAUGUAUUAUAGUGGAGACACAGUUAGGUACAGAUGUGAUCAUGGCUACCAUAUAAAUGGGUUAAAGGAAAUAAUUUGUGAAAUGGGAAAAUGGACAUCACCUCCUGAAUGUACCAAAAUGCAGGAAAACUGUACCUCCCCACCUCUAAUUCAAAAUGGUGCUGUUGUUGGCCCAUUAUUGACAAAUUACAAGACAGGUUCCUCAGUGCAAUAUACAUGUCAACAUUACCAUGUCCUGGAGGGCUUUGAAACUGUACACUGUGUCGAGGGAAACUGGACACCUCAGCCAGCUUGCUUAGAACCAUGCGCUAUUAAUGAACAUGUCUUGAACAAUAACAACAUAUUGCUGAAAUGGAGACUGGAAGGAGAAUUAAUUUUCCUACAUGGGGACAUCAUAGAGUUUUUAUGUAAACAGGGGUAUGAGUUGUCACAAUCUACCAGAACAUCUCAGCUAACAACUCAUUGUAAUCGUGGAAAAAUUAACUAUCCAACAUGCAUCAUGGAAGAACCCAAAGAGAAAUGUGGCUUUCCACCUAUAAUUAAGAAUGGAGAUUUUAUUGACUUGCCAUUGACAGAGUACGUCAGUGGUUCUUCAGUUGAAUACAGUUGCUCUAGUUUUCAUUUCUUGAAUGGGUCUAAGAGAAUCUACUGUUUCAAUGGACAAUGGACUACUCCACCAAUUUGUUUUGAGCCAUGUACUUUAUUACACGAUAUAAUGGAUAAAAAUAACUUAAUACUGAGAUGGAGUUUUGACAACAGACUUUAUUAUAUUCAUGGGGAAUAUGUUGAAUUUCAUUGUAAACAGAACCAUUUACAAGCACCAUCAACUUCAAUGUCUGAUUUUAGAGUACAGUGUAACAGAGGACAACUGGCAUAUCCAAAAUGUAUUGAAAUAGAAAGGCAAGGCAAUAUUUCAUUUGAAAUAUAUUUGGAAAGGAAUGGACUAAGGAAUAUCAAUACUUCAGUGGAAUAUGGAAUACUUCGAUGGCUCUUUGGGUGUGAACUUACUUGA